AUGGUCGAUGACUCGAAAGCCGUGAUGGGUAUCGACCUUGGCGCUCAUUUGAGCGUCUUUGCGUGCGGGGCGCUUGCAAAUUUUGAUGAGACCCACAGCGCAGAGACGAAUUCAGGGAUCAAGAAGGCGUACGUUCCGUCGUGUAUCUCGUUCGAUGAUAAGAUACUAACUUACGGCGCAGAGGCAGAAGCUAGAGUGAACUACGAGCCAAAGAACCUGGUGAUGAAUAUCCCCAUGUGGCUCGGGGUCCAUGACGUUCGAACGGCUCGCGAGCUGGAAGACCGGGUUGCUUUCUGUCCCUACCCUCACGUGACUAUUGACCAGGGAAAGGUGCUCUUCAGAGUGGCCUUUGGUGACAAGGAGACGCACGUCCCGCUGCCGCUAGCGAUUGGGUUUUUCUUGGAGCAUCUACUCGAGAAAGGGAAUACGGCGCGCAGCACUUCAGCUGAGAACGAGAUCUUACCGUUGGUUAGAGGCUUCAGCCGAAGUCUCCGUAUAUUCAGUCGUGAUGCAGCCGAUGGCAUCAUCCGCCCACCCGAGAUGGCAGCUAUAGUCCUCCCGUCCUCAGUGGAUGCCAGGGCGAUCAGAGAAGCGGAAGUAUCGGCUAAAAUGGCAGGCCUAACCGUCACCAUGUUACGCCGCAUUGACGCGAUAGUCAACUUCUGGGCGUGCGAGAAGCUGCCCCAAGAAUACCAUAAACUCGUUGAUCUUCAAAAAAGGCUUGAUACUGGAGCUCAAGACGACCAGGCAGUUCGGCUUGCGGUUAUCGACAUUGGGUUUGCGGAGACAAGCAUGGCUGUCGUAGAGUUAUCCAAGUCUGCACCUGAGGAGGCAAAACAUCAGCCGCAGAAAGAAGUGCUUUUGAAAGUCCUCUCUAACGACGUCGACCGUGCUUUGGGUUUUGUAGAGGUCAUCCGGGCUGUUGCGACGCAUGUUGCGGCGCAUGUGGAGAAAAAGUACAAUGCGCAAAUACGGUCUCACAGUAAGAAGUGCUGGAGACUGCACCUCGCGUGUAUUCGAGCCAUCCGGGAGCUCAACGACCUGCCAGAGACUGUCAUCGACAUGGAAAACUUCAUUCUUGAAAAUACCGACCUCCGAAUGGAUUGCACCCUCAAACAUUUUGAAGGUCUCUGCGAGCCACUGAAAGAGCGGUUCAAGAAAUUUUUUGAAAGAGUGAUCUACAGCGCAGGCAUUGACGCAAAGAAUAUCGUGGCUGUCGACCUCACUGGUGUAUCCGGCGCUGCUCGAAUGCCAUGGCUUACGGAUCUUAUUGAACGGUUUUUUGGUUCGCAUGAUGGAGUCGACCCCCAGAGCAACUGCAAGGUUCGGCGGACUAUUGACACUUCCGCAGCAGCCGCAAUCGGCGCCGGAUAUUUCUGUGCAGGAAAGAAAUACGUUGCCUCUCUUGUCAAUAACACUCAACUAGGGCCGUAUGACGACGAUGACCUGCGGGAGAUGCGAGCGCUCAGAGAUGAAAUGAUUGAGAUAGAGGCAAAGGAACUUAGGCGGCGGGCAAUGAAAGCGAAGCUACAGCUGUACGUGCAUGAGCUGCGUGCGGUAGUGGACAGCCCGAAGCGGGAUGAAACUGAACGUGACGAAGAGAGCAGCAAGUUGCUCCAGGACGCGGAUGCAUUCUUAGCGAAUAUCAGCACUGAACCGUAUGAGGAGGUGAAAAAAAUCUACGACCGGGUUCGGUCGUUUUUUGAGAGAACUUACUCGCGAGUCUAUAACAUCGUGGAAAGAAAGGCAACAGGGGAAGGCGAAGAAGGUGGGAAGCAAGAUAAACGUGACAUGAUUCACGUUCUAAACCAGCUUGAAGGAGAUGCUGCGAAGAGGUUGAGCAACACGCUUUGUGUCAGGCGGGCACACCAAGACUAUCGAGAAGCACUGAACUUCAUCGAAGGAGGGCAGUUUGAGUUGAGCGGCUAUCUGUUAAAGCGAGGUCUGACCUUUCUCGAUCGGGUGAAGACCAGCGAUCUAAAAGAUGAUGAUGUCAAGGAGAUAUCAGCGCUCAAAGCUUCAAUUUAUGUCCAACUAGCCAAGUCGGAAUGCUUUCAGGCGGACGAGGACGGAGCGAUUGAUGCGCGGGAACAGUUGCUUCGUGACGCAGUAGAGAACUGUACGAAGGCACUGGAGUUGGACACGAAACGCGAAAAGGCCUACUUGUAUCGUGCAAGGGCACACCUACAGUUGGGUGAUUAUAGAGAGGCUUCGGAAGAUGCGAAGUCUGGUGAACUUCUAGCGCCGGCUGACCGCCACUUGAAAAAGAUCCAAGAAGAGAUCAAGCUUCGCAUCCGCCCAUAA